CAGUCUGGCUUGCUGACGAGCUCCACUGCACUAGUGGGCUCUUAUGUGGCACCUCAUGUUCACUGUGCCAGCACCUUACGUUCUGAACUAUUUAUCCCGUGCCUGAGUCUUGCAAUUUGUUGUUUCAUGUAAGUACCAGGCUAAUGGCGUGUGCCAGUGGAGUACCUUCUUCCCCUGCCCCCCUCCUUUUUUAAGACAUAGUUUCUCUGUAUUCCUGGCUGUCCUGGAACUCGCUAUGCAGACCAGGCUGGCCUCAAACUCAGAGUUCCACCUGUCUCCACCUCCUGAGUGCUGGCGCCCUUCUCUUUUUGAAGCCCUCAGUGAAUAUUCAGGUGACAACAGUAUGUGGCUCAUAACCGUUGUCUCAGGCCUUCAGGGAUUUUAGGACUGUAAGGCUAGACUCGGCUGUAGAAAUGAGGGUGAAGGUGUACCUUAGGGUUACUAUCGCUAUGGUGAAAUGGCGUGACCAAAAGCAACUUGGAAAGGAAAGGGUUUGUUUGACUUCUACAGCCUGAGUCACAGUCUGUUGAAGGCAGGAACUCAAACUGGGCAGGAACCGGGAGCUGAUGCAGAGGCCAUGGGGAGUGCUGCUUAAUGGCUUGCUCAGCCUGCUUUCUUACAGAACUGAGGACCACUGGCCCAGAGGUGCUGGGACCCACAGUGUUCUGGGUCCUCCCCCAUCAAUCAUUGAUUAAGAAAAUGCCUUACAAGCUUGGCUGCCUACAGCCUGAUCGCCUGGAGAUACUUUCUCAGUUGAGGCUCCUUCUCAGAGGACUCAGCCUGCAUCAAACUGAUGUAAAACCUACCCAGCACAAGGUGUCUGAUGAAAAAGACUAUGGAGUCAAAAUCCGGGCGCCUCAUGCACUGGUCAUGACCUUCCUCUUCCGGAGUGGCAGUCUCAGACAGAAGCUGGACGCCAUUCUGAAAGCCACGUACCUCCACUCUCGGAACCUGGCCUGCUUUGUGUUCACCUAUAAGAGUCUCUGUGCCCUCCAGUCCCAUGUGCAAGGCGAGACGCACCAGAUGCACUCUUUCCUGGCUGCCUUCAUCGGGGGCAUCCUGCUGUUUGGGGAGAACAAUAACAUCAAUAGCCAGAUCAACAUGUACCUGACGUCACGCGUCCUGUUCGCCCUGUGCCGCCUGGGAGUGGAGAAGGGCUACCUCCCCAAGCUCAGGUGGGACCCGUUCCCCUUGCACACGGCAGUGGUCUGGGGGCUCGUGCUGUGGCUCUUCGAGUACCACCGGCCCACGCUGCAGCCGUCGCUGCGGUCCUCCAUGACCUACCUCUACGAGGACAGCAACGUGUGGCACGACCUCUCAGACUUCCUCAUCUUCAACAAGAGCCGCCCCUCCAAGUAACAAGGCCCACGGUGCUGAAGGAGCUCCUCCGCCCUACUGCGUCCGCCAGCGGCCCCGUGCGCCCGCCCUCGCGGGGGAUCCGCCUUCUCCAGUCACAGACCUCACACUCCAACUUGUAUUAUCCCAGGGUUCCAUUUGCUGAAGUAAAAGUACCGAGGUUUGCACCCACCAGGUACUUUUGAAUAGUGUAGCAAGUGGCUGGAGCCCGGCUGAGGAGUCUGGGCCUUCCUUGCAGCUGCUCCUCCGACUUCUGUAAGGCCCGGGCUAGCCGCAUCGCUCCCUGGACCCCAGGCCGCUCAGUUCAGGGGAGGGCCCGUGGAGGAGAUUUUCUUCCUGGCGGAUAUGAUAGCCCUCCCCUGCACUGUGUCAGAGGGCUCCUUGCCAGUGGGCAAUAGGUUACAAAAAAAAAAAAAAAGAGAAACGCUAAAUUCUUUGUCUAAGUUAUUCUAUUGAGAAGCUGUGGGGCCUCACUGCCCAGGAGGAACACAGCAUGAGCCACCUGUGCCCUUAAGGUCCUUCGAGAGCUGCAGGGCUAGCUUAGGAUACCGCACUUGCCAAGAUCCUGCAAGACCCUGAAGACCUCGCCAGCGCUGGGAACAAAACUUCUAAACUUACCAAGAAGGCUGUGGCAGUAGGGUUGUGAGUUUCAGGCCAGCAUGGGAUGCAUAAGACUAUGUCUUUAAAAAAAAGAAAAAAGAAAGAAUGAAGACAGAAAGAAAAGGAAAAAAGGGCUAGGCAGAUGACUGUCUGAGUCAAGGUGCCUGUCCACCGAGUCUGAUCCCUGUGUUCCACAUUAGUGACCUGUUGGAAGAAGAGAACCAGAUCCUGCAGGUUGUCCUCUGACCUUCACAUGUGCCUUGUCGUUUAUGUGCGCAUGCACACACACAUGCAUAGGCAUAUAUACAAUAAAUGAAAAUAAAGAUUUAAAGAACAUCUAACAUGUAAAA